AUGACCAACGAUGCUUCACCGUUGGUGGCUCGGAACGGCGUUGAGAAUAACGACGAAAAAGAAUUGAAGAAUGAUGAUGACGUAAAAGUCACGAUUAUCGAUAAAUCGCAUGAGAUUGAAUCAACCAAAAAAUUACUCCAUGAACAACGACAAACCAAUCAUAUUCGUGUGCAAUGUCAAAAACCGCAAUCAUCAUAUAAAUCACUGUUCGGAUAUACACGAUUCGUUGUUUUAGUUGUAUCGUUAUUGUGCAUGACAGCUGCACGAGCCAAUGAGAUGUGCUUCAAUUUAACCGUUAUUUGUAUGACAUCCAAUUCAACUGUUCAAGGGCUUGAAAGAGUACCACUAACACCAACUGAUAUAUCGAUAGUGUUCGGUGGUGGCGGAACGGGUGCAUUUUUAUUUGCAAUACCCUUAGCAUAUUUACUACAUCGUUACGGCACUCGAAUCGUGUUCGGUUCCGUAUUAUUAAUAUCUUCAGCAGCAACUGCUUUAUUUCCAUUCACCACUCAAUACGGCGUUAUUUGGAUGGUUUCUGCUCGACUUCUUCAAGGUGUUGCCUUAGCAGCCGUCAUGCCAAUGUUAGGAUGUGUCAGUUCACAAUGGGCACCCAUCACUGAAAUUGGUAAUUUUGUCACAAUGCUCUCAACAGCGGGUCAAUUAUCGCAAAUGUUCACAAUGCCAGUGGCUGCACAAUUAUGCGUAAAAUCCGGAUGGCCUUCAGCUUAUUAUUUACAUUCGUUGAUCUCAUCUUCUCUAGCACUUUUAUUCAUCGCGUUCUAUCAAAACUCACCCUCAAAACACCCGUGCGUUUCUGAUAAUGAGCUCUAUCAUAUCACUGAAGGAGCUGACAGAAAACGUCGCCGAGAAGUGAAAGUACCAUAUCGCGAAAUCGCAACAAGCCGUUCAGUAUGGGCCGUGUGGAUCGGAUUUUUCGGCAAUGCAUGCGGUUUUCAACUCAUCGUUCAAUUUAUGCCGACAUAUCUGAACAAAGUACUUCGAGUGCCGAUUCAACGAACUGGAUUAUCAGCUUUCAUUCCACCUUUCGUUCAGUUGAUGGUGAAGAUGGUUGCUGGAAUUGCAUCUGAUCGAAUCACUUCUAUUAGCGAACGUCGUAAAUUACAACUCUUCAAUAGUUUAGCUUUGGGCGGUUGUGCAAUCUUCUUAAUGCCUCUUGGUUUCUUAACACCGCAAUAUUCGAGUAUUGCCAUACUCUGCUUCACAGUGAGUAUCAGUUGUAUUGGCCUGGUUACAGCUGGUUCCAUGAAAAGUGCUGCGCUUAUUGCAAAAACAUUCACGCAGUUUGUUAUGGCUGUUGUACAGCAAGUCGUAUGUUUCGCUAUGUUAUUCAUACCGUUUCUGGUGAAUUCAUUAGCGCCCAACAAUACAAUUGAAGAGUGGCGUUUACUCGUAAUCGUAAUAGCGGCGAUUCUAAUGACCACAAACGCAUUAUUUUGUCGUUUGUGCAGUGCUGAAGCAGAACCGUGGGCAAAAACACAACAGAAUGCGCACCAGUCAUCAACCACUCAGCUAACCAAAACGGUGGAUGAGCAAAACAGAUGA